GCAGCGAUGGCGGCGGCGGCGCUGCGGAGAGCGGCGGUGACAGCGGGCGGGGCGGGGCGGCGCCGAGCGCUGGGGUGGCCGCGGCGGGGCUGCGCCGGGCUGGCGGUGGACGACGCCGUCAACGGGCUGAGCGACGAGCAGCGGCAGCUUAGACAGACCAUGACAAAGUUCUGUCAAGAGCAUUUGGCUCCGAAGGCCCAACAAAUUGACCAGGAGAAUGAAUUCAAAGGCAUGCGGGAGUUUUGGAAGAAACUUGGGGAACUGGGAGUUCUGGGGAUCACAGCUCCUGUGAAGUAUGGUGGGUCUGCUUUGGGGUAUCUGGACCACGUGCUGGUGAUGGAGGAAAUUUCUCGUGCGUCAGCAGCUGUUGGGCUUAGUUAUGGAGCCCACUCCAACCUUUGUAUCAACCAGCUGGUGCGGAACGGCAACGAAGCCCAGAAGGAGAAGUACUUGCCCAAGCUAAUCAGUGGGGAGCACGUUGGAGCCCUAGCGAUGAGCGAGCCUAAUGCUGGAUCUGAUGUUGUGUCCAUGAAGCUGAAAGCAGAUAAGAAAGGGGACUACUUUGUUUUGAAUGGGAACAAAUUUUGGAUUACCAACGGGCCCGACGCAGAUGUUCUCAUCGUUUAUGCUAAAACAGACCUUAAUGCUGUACCAGCCUCCCAAGGUAUAACUGCAUUCAUCGUGGAGAAGGGAACCCCAGGUUUCAGCACAGCACAGAAGCUUGAUAAGCUGGGAAUGAGAGGGUCUAACACCUGUGAAUUGAUCUUUGAGGACUGUAAGAUCCCCGCUGAAAAUAUCUUGGGGACACUGAGCAAGGGAGUCUACGUUUUGAUGAGUGGGCUGGACCUGGAGAGACUCGUGCUGUCUGGUGGGCCACUUGGGAUCAUGCAAGCUGUUCUUGACCAUGCAAUUCCAUACCUACAUGUAAGAGAAGCAUUUGGACAGAAAAUUGGCCAGUUCCAGCUCAUGCAAGGCAAAAUGGCUGAUAUGUACACGCGGCUGAUGGCAUGCCGGCAGUACGUCUACAACGUGGCCAAGGCCUGUGACCGGGGCCACUUCAACGCAAAGGACUGUGCCGGAGUGAUCCUCUACUCAGCAGAGUGCGCUACCCAGGUGGCUCUGGAUGGGAUUCAGUGCCUCGGUGGGAAUGGUUACAUCAAUGACUACCCGAUGGGACGCUUCCUGCGUGACGCCAAGCUCUACGAGAUAGGGGCAGGCACCAGUGAAGUGCGCAGACUUAUCAUCGGCAGGGCAUUCAACGCAGCUUUCAAGUAAUGUCUGCCAGGGAAAAAGGCAGCACCCUGACCACCGUGAGGCCUUUGACAGUAGAUACAGCAACGCACAACUCUUUUCUUCCUGUGAUUCUGGGAUCGUCACUCGUGGACUCUUUCCGACCUGCUUUGUGAACAGAUGCUGCUAGACUGGGCUUGGGCAGAAUGAAUCAGUCUGUAGAAAGGAAGGAGAAAAAUACAUACUUUUUUCUUCUCGUCAGCCUGAUUCUCAGUGUUGCAGAGCUGAGGUUCAUCAAGCUGAGGUUCAUCAAGGAGACGUGUUGCUAUCAAAGCAGGCUGUUGAGCAGUACAUCUGGAACAAGAGGCGGCCACUGCUGAGCACAAACUCAAUCCAAAAAAGGGAUGAGGGAACAAUUUAGUUCUCUUUUUAAAAUUGAGUGCCAUUAAAUAGCUAGCAUUUAGCAUGCUACCGCUGGAAAGGGAAAUUUCCCAUUGUGACCUUGCAGUGGGAUUGAUAACUUCUGUUCUGGGGAACUCAGCCACCUCCGUGAUGUGGUUGACGUUAUCGUGAAUGCUUGAGCAUCAUAGCUGCACAACUGGUGUGUUAGGUGAUGAUUCUUAAAAUCAUGUUAAAAUACCACAUCUGUUUCUUUGCAUACUGCCUUUCCUAUUCCUGCUGCUUCUCAAGAUAUUUCAAUGCAGCCCAAAGUCUUUGCUUCUCUGA